CUCCUUUUUAGUUAGUUGGUGGCUUUUAACAAACAAGUCACCAGCAGCUUUAAUUCUAACAUUAUAUUGUGGCUUGUCAUAAUUAGUGGACAAGAAUCUGUAAGCCACCGUACAUAAAAGUUACACGAAGGCACCGCAGUUGGGGAAAGACACGACAAAACAGCUUCAAGUUGUCGAGAAUGGUGGUGGAGGAAGAGGCUAGUUGUAGGGGAUGAUGCUUUGGUUCAAAGGAAAUGGGAUGAUGGAGUGCACUAAGAAAUGAUAAUAACCGGAAAAUAUCAUAACUCACCGCAAAAUCUCAGCCAACCCGACAACCCUAGCCAACCUAACCUUGCAAUUAUCUUCUAGCUUCUGCUUUUGCAACACCUUUCAAUGGCUUUUUCACAAUGGAACCCUCUUUUUCUUUCUUUUUUUUAACUCGCCGCCAAAUGAUCGACCAACUCCGUUAAACCUCACCUAUAAGAAGCGCUAUUUUCUUCUCUUUCAACCAUCCAAGGACGUCCAACCCUAUCUCUUCACUAUUAACUCUCAAAAACCUUAAUACUCGUCUGAUAAUGGCUUCAAAAAUUACUUCCUUUCUUCUUGCUCAAGUUUUCGUCGUCAGCAUUCUUCUUGCUAUUGGUAGGCAGGCAGUUGCAACACGUAACAUCCCAAGAAACCCAGAGAAUGCUAAUCAAGCGAAGCAUCCCGAGUGGCUGAUUGGACAUGAUAGCAGCGUGCUCAUUCCAGGCCUUGAACCCAAAAAUCCAUAUUGCGGCCGCAUUGGUGGCUCAACAGAUGGUGGAUCUGGCUAUAUUCCAGGUGGAGACGACACGUUUGUUCCAAACCCUGGGUUUGAGGUGCCAAUACCUGGCAAUGGUGCUGGCAGUGCAUCUGCAGGAAAGCGUCAACAUCCUUGAACAUUGCUCUGCUAAAUGUGAAACUUAAUAAUGAUAUUAGAUAAUAAAGGCAAUCAGUUUCCAUACUCCCAUUGUAUUCAGUCUAGUCUAUCAUAUUCUUAUAUUUAACGUGAUACUAGUUUUAGAUUGUCGUGUUUUAGGAUAAAACAA